GCCUGAAGAACCAAAUGUUGCCACAAAAACAAUACCAACAGAACAAGUGGAGCAGCUGAGAAAAGAGGCUAAUAGUGCUCUCCAUGGGGACACUAUGGCUUAUGAGACGAAGUCAAACAGGAGUGGUUCAUCUGACUACCAGUGGGCGAGGACACUGCUCAACAAGGGUGCAAUUGGAGAUAGGGUUGCGGCCGCCACAAUAUUGAUACAAGACAAUCCAUUAUACAAUAUGACGGCACUGAGGAAUUUAGUUAACAGUGUAAAGCCUGCAAAGAAAAAGGAUGGUAUUAUAAUUAUUGAUGCACUGUCAGAAUUGCUUGUAUCAGAGCUACUGGUUCCAAAUGUGAAGCUGCGUACCUUCGAGCAGCAUCCACUGGGGCAUCUGGAUGAAAUGACAUCAGGUAACAAGCAGGCUAAGAGGAACAUAUUGAAGCUGUGGUACUAUGAAGAUCAGCUGAAGGAACUUUACGGAACUUAUGUGGAGGCCUUAAACAAAUUUGCUCAUGAUUCAGUUGAAGCGAACAAGGAGAAAGCAGUCAGCGCAAUGUCAUAUCUACUGAUGCAUCAUCCAGAAAGAGAGAAGAUGCUGUUGACGAACAUUAUCAACAAACUGGGUGAUCCGUCGCAGGCUGUCUCAUCAAAAGUGAUAUAUCAUCUCUGCCAGUUGUUGUACAAUCAUCCCAACAUGAAGGCGGUGGUACUGGCAGAGAUUGAGAAAAUGCUUUUCAGAUCAAAUAUUUCUCCACGAGCGCAAUACUACGGUGUGUGCUUUCUGAACCAAUUCUUCCUCGGCAAGGACGACUCCAAGAUUGCGGAGAACCUUAUUAAGAUAUACUUCUCAUUCUUCAAGGCCUCCAUUAAAAAGGGUGAUAUCGAUUCUCGUUUGAUGUCUGCUAUACUGACAGGAGUUAAGCGUGCAUACCCAUUUGCAGAUAAAGACAGGCUGGCUCAGACCCCGGAACAUAUAAAUGCUAUACACAAACUAGUGCAUUUAGCCAGUAUGAAUAUAGCGAUACAUGCGCUUGCAUUGCUAUUUCACAUCAGUGAUGCGAGUAAAGGCACGUCAGAUAGAUACUACACCGCCCUCUACCGUAAACUAACAAAUCCUGACAUCUUCAGCACAACACAUUCAGCGCUUUUGUUCUCACUGGUCUACAAGUCUGUGCGUCAAGAUAAAAAUAUUGACCGCGUCAGCGCUUUCGUAAAGCGCUUACUGCAGCUCUGCUGUUAUAUGACCCCGGCGCAGGCUUGUGGCAUGCUGUUUUUGAUAUCUCAGGUGUUGAAAGACGGACAGAAAAGUGGGUCAGCUACUGGCAUGUUGCAGUGGACUAAAAAGGAAAUUAAAGAGGAGGUGAAAGAUGAAUCUGAAUUAGAUAUAGAUGGAAUAGAAAAAGAAGAUCGAAUAGUUGAUGAAAAUGGCGACAAAGAAGAUGUAGAGGAUACUGUAGAAGAAUUGAAUGAUACAACAAACAUAAAGCAAGAUGAUGAGGUAAAAGUGGUACAGAAGAAAGUCGACCUUCUGCAUGGUGACAAAAAGGAUCUUUUGUUGGAAGAUGAUGAAGAAAAUUAUGUAGACCUGAAAAUUGAUGAGGAAGGGAACAUAAAGCCUAAAAAGCGAAAGCAUUCGGCUGUGGCGAGUUGGUACCACGCCAGAGUGAAGGUCGAAGGUCAAGAGGAAGAAGAGGACAAGGACAAGGAGAAGGAAGCCAAAAUACAGCUUAAGAAGACGGUCAAUAUGGACAGGAUAAUAACAGAGUACAACCCACACGCCAGGAAUCCAGCGUUCGCUGGCGUCGGCUGCACGGCGUAUCUUGAACUGGUGACCCUGGCCAAACACUGCCAUCCCACCGUCAAACUGUUCACUGAGAAAAUCCUGAACGAACAAAUUAUCCAGUACAGUGGUGACCCCUUGAAAGACUUCUCCGGUAUUCGGUUCCUGGAUCGCUUCGUGUUUAAGAACCCUAAGAAACGGGUGGAGAAGGAUGACGAGAUGGAAUUAAAGAAGGUCAAGGGUUCGCAUCCCAAGUUCGCUGUUAGGAAAAAUUAUACUGCCAAAGGUCUUCGAAGCUUACCUGUGAGUUCUUCGACGUACUUGAACGAGGAUGUCUCCAAGAUACCUGUUGAUGAGCUGUUCCUCUAUGAUUUCCUGAAGAUGCGUCGUGAUGUACAAGGGUCUGAUGAUGAUGACUGUGACAAAGAUUCGGUGACCAGCGAGGACUUCGAACAGUAUCUGGACUCAAUGACUGGGAAACCACAAGCUGAAUCCGACGAGGAACUGGACUAUCUCGCAGAGAUGCAGGCAACGAAACAUCAAAAGAAAUCGAAGAACCAGAAUGACGAUGACGAUCAAUUCGCUAGUGAUGAUGACGAUGAUGUUGAUGAUGAGGACGAAGGUGAUGGCGGUGAUGAGUUUAACAAUGAAGGCAGCGACGGUGAACUCAACAUAUCGGCAGACGAGGAUGAACCAAAUUUAUCUGGCGAUGAAGAUGAGUUACUCUUGGAGAAUAGUGAUGAAGACGAUCAUAUUGAUGUGCCUGGAAAGAAAUCGAAGGGAAGAACUAAGCUUAAACUGAAAGGAGGCGACGACUUGGGAUCACUCUUUGCAUCGGCUGAAGAAUUCUCUACGCUUCUAGAAGAGACAGCAACCAACAAGAAGCAAGGCUCCAGUCAGGCGGUCGCAAACAAAGACAACGCCAGUACAAAACAACUAGCUUGGGAAGAUAAACGCGAUAGGUGGAUAAAAGGCUAUAAUAGAAGUAUUCUCGGCCACAAAAAAGGCAAUAACAGCAAAAAUUUCAAUAGAAACAAACAAAAUGGCGGUAAAAACAAAAUGGGACCGAAAACUGGCGGGAAAAGAAAAGGCGGGAACGCAGUUGGUGCAGGUGGAAAAAGAAAAAAAUUUUAACAAUGCGUUAUUGUAGU